UCACACAACCUCCAACGUACAAAGCAAAAGAACAAACAACGACCCCCUCAAACUAACCACUUAAUCCCAAUAACUCGAGUUGUUGGGAAAGGGAUAGUUAAGCCUUUUAACCUCUUAUACGCCCCCUCAAACGAAAGCCUACCUUUGUCGCGGUUUUUUAUACGGUUUGCACAGGUUGAACGUAUCAUUCUUUGUGCUGCCAAACCCAUUAGGCUUUCAGUUUGUACAGGUUGGAUAUACCAUUCCUUGUACUAAACCAUUGUUUGCUUAAAUUGGGGGUCGUAUUGAGGAUUCGAAACCAUGACCUUUCGGUUCUAGGCUCUGAUACCAUGUUAGCGAACUAACCACUUAAUCCCAAUAACUCGAGUUGUUGGGAAAGGGAUAGUUAAGCCUUUUUUUAAAUAAAAAAAAAAGAAAAAAAAACAACAAUAUGAAGAGGGCAGGAGCAAGUGCAAAGUUGCUAGCAAUGGUUGUCCUCUCCAUUACUCUCUCCUCCGCCUCAGCGGCAAGAUCGCUGGCCGAAACCCUAACCACAUCGUCGUCGCUGACCCCGCUUCCCGUCCUCGACGUGAACGGGAAAGUGUCGUGCAAGGUUGACUGCAAGGAUGUUGGGAUUUACGUGGACGAGAAUGGUGGGAGGAGGUUGGCUCUGGUCGACAAAGAUGGGGAUCCUUUUGUCGUCAAGUUUGUGAGGGCUGAUUGAAGAACUUAAUUAUUGAUGAUUAAGGAUUAGAAUUUAAUUAUAUGUAAGCAAAUUCGUGUGUGUUUGGAAGAAUGGAAUAAGAGCUAUUCAUGCAUGCUCAAUUUAGGAGGCCGGCUGCUGCAUCAUGCAUUGCAUGGCUGGUAACUCCAGUAUUAGUUUAUUUUGUAAGAUUGUGUUGGGAUAUAGGAUGAAAUUAUUGUAUUUCUAAGUCUGUACUAUUUCAAAUUAAUGUAUUUGAAGAUUUUAAUUAAGUUAUUCAAAAUCCAUAUAGUUUAUGGGCUUGAGUAUUUUGUUCACUUUUACCCUACAUUAUUUUAUUAUACUGUUACUUCACGUUUGGGUUUUGAUAAACGGUUAGGAUAUGUAGGUAGAGCACAACAUCAUCACAUACUAUUACUAACUGGAGAUGAUGAUUAUUAAGUAAUCGUUUAUGAGAAAUAUCUUGGUCGGGUCACAACACCAUCACAUGGUAAUAUUUUUGGGUAUUACUCAAUAAUUGGGUAUUGUCCAAAUUCAACUUAUUAUGAGUCAAAUCGAGUUUGGGCAAUUUUGUCUUAUGGGCGUAUACACAUCCAAAGUUUUAACUUGAAUCUAAAAUGAACUCAUAGUAUUAUAAGUCCAAAAGAAAAUGAGUACCUAUAAUGCAAAAAAAAAAAAUCUUAAUUUUUGUUAAAAAACAGAUAGAAAGGUGAAAACACAUGUAUAAUUAGGAUAAAGAUAUAUAGUUAAUGAAAUAAUUGAUAUUGUUUUUUUAUAUACAAUCAUCUAGACUUGAUGGGUCUAUCACAAAUGAAUUGUACAAAUAUAAUCCAAUUCAAACUUAGGUCAUACAAUAAAAGCCUCUUUAUUAUUGUAUGGAUACGCAGGCAAAAUGCACAUUCGUGACACUAUCAUGCACUAAUUUUAAUAAACUAGACGGUGAGAAGGAGAAUUUUUCAUACUAUCGCGCAUCUUAAUCGAGACUAUUAUGAUGAAAUACACUUCUAAAUGCUCAUAAGUGGAAAAUGACCCAUACGGUCAUACACCCCUGAUCUCAACUGGAUUAGAAGUUUCACAUAGUUUAACUACCCUGAUUGAUCAACACGAGCUAAGUUAAGUAGCAAACGGACAGACAGAACAAGACAAUGGAGAGGCAACGACAUUGACGAAUAAUAUCAAUCGGUAUCGGUCCUUUUCUAAACAUAUUGAAACCAAGUGACAAAACAAGGGUGGUUCCCCCAAUCACCGUCAACCACGUGGGCAAUGACCUGGCCUUGGCGAAGACCACGUCAUUGAACGACCAAUUAAGCAGGAAUUUCCAAGGCGGAAUGCUAACUUCCAGUUCCAGGGGGAACAAAAGGGAGGAAAUUCAAGGUAGAAAGAAAGUCGUCAAAAAGAC